GAGGAAAAAAAAUUGUAGCGCAGUCUAGUGUAGCAAUAAAAAAAUAAACCUUUUUUUUUUUGCGCGAGCCGAUUUGUACAAAAGGCCUACUUGAAGUAUCUCUUUGAGCGAACACUCGAACUCUCGACAUUACGAUUACUGGGUCGUCGUCAUGCGACGGAAAUGCAUCAAGCGAAUCGAUGCGAGAGAAUCGCUCACGCUGAUCGCUCGCGACGGGAGGACCGUCGGAGUGUACAGUACAAUACGUACGUGUAAGGCUAGGGUAAGAAGUAACGCGAUUAAUGUUUCACUCCCGGCCCGAUGCAGUCGCUCCCGUUCGCUGCACAAAGUGCUGCAUGAGGUACGCUUUCGCGUCCCUUUGGAGAACCGAGCGCUUUAAAGGGACGACGCCGAUGGGGCUGACGUGAGCGCGGCUGACGGCUUAGAGCGCGCCUCGCGUCGGGGGUGUCAAUAUUUUCUCGUGCAGUACACCGAAUCUCGCACAACACCUAAAUCGUACAUUUUGAGAGAGUAUUUAGGAAAUAGACGGAAUAUUUAGGGCGGAAACAGACGAUCGAUUUUGUCGCACGCGCUGCCUUCAUAAUUCUGAACGUGAGGGAAGAUAAUUCCCAUGUUUAAUUAUGUCAUUCGUCUUUUUUUUUUUUAAUUCCUCUUGUUUUUAUGCCUCAUAUAUUUUGCGAGAGCAUUUAGAAAAUAAAUAGACGGUGUAUUUAGAAUGGAAACUGACGAUCAAUCUUGUCGCACACACUGCCUUAAUAAUUUCGAGUGUGAGAGGAAAUAAUUCACAUGUUUAAUUAUCUGCCUUUUUUUUUAAUUUCUUUAAAUUCAUUUUGUUUUUACGCUUCGUAUUUUUCUCAUGUAAUUUCCACACGCUCCGUAGAAGGUAUGCGACGAACGACAAAAAUGAUCAUUAUGUGUAUAUUGGACUAAUUGCCGCAUAUGUCGCAUUUAUUUAAAAUAACAAUUAAUCAUUAUCGAUCCCUUCACCUCUACUCUGCGCAAUAAUUUUUCACGAAAAUAGUUGAAAUAACGAUCCUCGGUACAACGCGAACCAUUAAACGGAGUUAAUUAACCAUGGCUCGCGACAUAAAAGCUGACUGUAUCAACGUCACUUUACGCUCGGCUAAUAGAAUUACCUAUCUCUGCUCGCGCGUUAAGUUAACGUUACAGUUAACGUCUGCGAGAGGAGGCGGAAAAGUCGUAAAGUCGGUCACAAAGGGUGUUUAAGGCGCGGAAAAACCUUGACCUUUUCGCCAUAAAUCACUUUCGAGCGCGAGUCGCGCGCGGUCUUGCGCUGGUCCGACGCGCGAUAUACGCCGGUGUCGUUAAAUUGGCUCAUUUGAGGGCGCCUAAUGACGCGUACGCUCGCAAAGAGGGGUGGAGAAAAGAGGUCCGGGCAAACGGCCAACCGACCCCCAUUCACCCUUCGGCCUUCCCCCGGUCGGUGGCGGCGGAAGCUCUUAGAAACGCGACUUUGGGUCGGGCCCUGAAUGGGGGCGGUUCGCGUGAUCGGACCGAGGCGCACUACGGCCGCUCGUGGGCUCGUAUACCACAAUAAACGGGAAGAAAAAAAAAACCGCACGAAUUACCAUGUGUCUCGCAUACCACUAUACUCUUAACGACAGCAUCGAUAACGCUCUAAACGAUAAGUACCUAAACGACACACCGUUUAAGCCGUAUCCAACCCGUAAAUCUCAACUCUAGCUGCACCAAGUGCCAUAGUCCAUAGGUACACGAUUAUGAUUACAUAGAACUCGAUAUAGCGUCAGCAGCUGAUCACGAGAGAGAGAGAGAGAGAGAGAGGGAGAGAGAGAGAGAGAGAGAGAGAGAGAGAGAGAGAGAGAGAGAGGGAGAGAAUGAGUAAGUGAGAGAAAGAGGGAAUUAGUCCUCUCGAGACGGCGGAUUGUUUUGCAAGUGCUAAGAAGUUCCGACUGUUAAUAGAACUGACUAAAUAUAACUCUAACCGAGUAACUUAGACAUAAAUCUACCGACUCGAACUUAAGCGAUGCCUCGAAUAGCGCCAUGCAUUGAAAUGUCACGCCUCUUCAUUAAAGUCGACAAGAUUGUUCAAACGAAUUAAUACAUAAUGCUCUCUUGUUAAAAUGAAUUAAUACGUAAUAUCUUCCUGAUAAUAAGAAGAUAUAUCCGGUGUCGACCUGUGGAACGUCGUCCGGAACAUUUCAACGCUAUAAGAACGUGUCGAAGUGUAACGAGUGCAACGAUUAAUCAAGUGAUUAACGAUUGUCCCCCAACUGAAAGUUGCUCGACUAAUCCUUUUCGUUGCAUCCGAUCGUCGAAGAACUUUGCAGACACAGGGUUGUGCGGGGAGGGCAAGGUACGCGACAAUAACGCGAAUGAAUUCGGGAGGAGACGGGAUAAGUAGAGUGGAUCGAAAUUAGAAUCGUGUGCAGCCAGUGGAAGAGGGUUGGCGCUUGAUCAGACGAACCGGCCAACUUGAGCUCAAACUGCACAACUGAAAAGACCUCAUUUGUUUAAAGCGAUCUUUUGCAUUGCGGCGUAUCUCUGUAAAAUUGUGUGUUACACGAUCGGAAAAUAUUCGACAAAGUGCGUCUCUACUCGCGAAACGACAAUAAUAAAAUGCACGCGAUGCAUUAACGCAGUAUCGAAAAUAAUUCAUAAUAAUCGAUCAUACGUCGACGAGAAAUAUCGACGGGAAUUCCGAUGCCAGCCGGAUGUUUUCGAAUGUCCAUCUUUAUUUGAGCCAACGACAGGCGUCAAUUUGAACGGUGAGUAAUCUGGACCUCCAUGCAUCUUCCUGGACGAGUGACGAAUGCCGGGAUGUAAUCGACAACGAUAACCGAACGUUAACAAAUCACAGUGACGACAACGGGAAAAUUUGUGCGGCCAGAAAAAGGCGAUAAAGUAUAAGAAGGACUGAGUGACAAAACUGCUACCAUUGAGAACUUGGAGUUUAACAAGAGUUUGAUGGGUACAUGAGAAAAAUAAUGGUAAUGUAGCAGCCGCAAUGAGUACAAUUUAACACCCUUAGGUCCGAGGACAAUAAAAUUAAACGAGGGUAAUCGAAAGCAACCACGUGAAACAACCGAGUAGCCACUGUUGAACUCGAUAUCGCAACGCAAUAAAAAAAUCGACGAUAUAUUUUAACAAUCGGAUCGAUCGGGAAAUAAAAAUAGUGACAGUAAUAGGUGCGAGAGCGUUUUGCUGAAACAUUAAGCUGAUACAAAAGCAGUGAUACAGUGCGACGAGACGUGGACUAAAAGACGAGAAGCAGUGAAGAAAGCGCAGUUUUGUCAUCCAGGCACUUCGAUGCGCCUCGACGAUAGGCGUUUGGACUUGAAGGAUCCACGCUCGAGGCGGUGAGCGAGGUUGUCCUGCGUGUUCGUCGUCCUGCAUACGCGGCUGGGACAAGGAGCCGGAGCAGGGACAGGUCCUUCCCGGUGUGGAAUGACAAUAAGGGGGCGCCGUACCCGCGGGGUGGUAUUAUGCCGGAGACGACGGAUUUGAGCUUGCCGCCCAAGUGCCCGGCGAAGGCGUCGCAGCCUCUUCGUGGGAUGGCACUCGGGACGCUGGCCGAGAUAGCGGUGCGACUCGUCAUUAGCGGCUACAUAUUCGCCGUGGUAGUCUACGUGAACGCCAGCGGCAACUGGGAUAAGGACGAUGACCUAGUGUCCACAUCUAAGGUUAGCGCCGUACUUGGGCGAACCGCCACUUUGCCUUGCGACAUUGAGCCGUCCACGCGAGAGGAUCGCGUUUACAUGGUCCUUUGGUUCCGCGAUUACGCGGUGAAACCCAUUUACAGUUUCGAUGUGCGGGGACGGGCUUUUAACAAGGCCCUGAACUGGUCGGACAGCACCGCCGUAGGGCCCAGGGCCUACUUCAUCACCGUGACGAAGCCGGCCGCGCUCUCUCUGGAGGCGGUCCAGUUGGAUGACGAGGGGAUCUACAGAUGCCGGGUGGACUUCAGGAACUCGCCGACCAAGAACUUCCAAGUGAAUCUCACAGUGAUCGUGCCACCGCACCAGCUACUCAUUUACGACAGCUCCGGGGUGCAGGUGGAGAAAGUCGCUGGACCGUUUCAGGUUGGCGUGGAGUUCGGUCUGUCCUGCGAAGUGAGAGGAGGGAAACCCACGCCGGUGGUGAGCUGGCUGGUGAACGGCAAGGAGGUGGACGGCAGACUCGAGGAGUUCGGCCAGAACAUCGUCGUCAGCAAAUUGACGGUGCCGCAGCUGCGGCGAGAACACCGCAACACCACGUACAGAUGCCAGGCGGCCAACACGCAUCUCAUACCACCGUUGGAGAAGACGGUGAUCCUCGACGUUUAUCUAAAACCACUCACCGUGAAGAUACUGUCAAAGCUAACGGUCAUGGAGACGGAGAAGGACUACUCCAUCACCUGCGAGACGACAGGCUCGCAUCCCCGCGCUCGCAUCACCUGGAUCGAGGGAAACGAGACAUUCCGGAGCAGCAAGGUCGAUAACGAACAGGUGAAAGAAAGUGGCAACGCGUCGGUAGUGCUGAGCACCCUGAUGUUCUCACCCAUCCCCGACGAUCACGGCAAGAUCCUCAAGUGCCGCGGCGAGAACCCAGCCCUGGCGGACGCGUAUUUGGAGGACUUCUUCAAGUUGAAUGUCGUCUUCCCGCCUAAAGUUCAGCUGCAUCUGGGCAGCACUUUGAAUGCGGAAAACAUAAAAGAAGGCGACGAUGUGUACUUCGAAUGCAAAGUCCGCGCCAAUCCGGAGCACCACAAAAUUACUUGGCGCCACAACGGUGGCGUGCUGACGCAAAACUAUUCGGCCGGUAUCAUCAUGAGCACCCAAAGCUUGGUGCUGCAGGGCAUAGGACGCGACAACGCGGGAAAUUACACGUGUCUCGCCAGCAACGACCGUGGGGAGACGACGAGUCCAAUUGUGAACCUGAGAGUGCAGUUCGCGCCAGUUUGCAAGAUGAAGGAGGUGACGAUAAUCGGGGCUUCCCUGGAGGAGUCCGUGAAGGUGCGCUGCGAGGUCGACGCCGACCCGAACGAGGUGGACUUUGUCUGGGAGUUCAACAAUAGUGGCGAGAACUUCGAAGUCGCGCCGGCCAAGUUUGACGGCAACAACGGCACCAUGAGCGAGCUCGUCUACACCCCCGAAUCCGAGAGGGAUUACGGUGCCCUGACCUGUUGGGGUAGGAAUGCGAUAGGGAAGCAGGAGGCGCCCUGCAUCUAUCAAGUCAUUCCGGCAGUUAAACCGAAUCCCCUGAACAAUUGCACCAUCAAAGCAUCGCUCAAUCAAAGUUCGGAGAUCCUGGAGGUCGAAUGCGUGCCGGGAUAUGACGGCGGACUCCACCAGGAAUUCCGACUAGAGGCUUAUGAGGUGCUGACCGGUAAUCUCCGGGUGAACGCGUCCAGCGUGUCGGCCGAUCUGCCAAUCUUCCGAAUCGCCGUGGCUGAUCUUCUACCAGCCACUCACUUUUACCUGGUGACCUACGCCGUAAAUGCCAAAGGCCGUAGCGAAGUUUCUCUGUUGGAGGAUAUAAUGCUGCGCGACUCGGAGAAGCAUACAGAUACCGGAGUCAGUAUGCUGCCGUUGAUCCUGCUGUUGGUCGGCUGUCUGAUGGCCUUCGGUGCGACCGUGAUCUCCGUGAUGCUGAUGAUGUAUCGACGACGCGGCACCACGUCACCCGUACACAUCGAGCCCUAUAUGAAGCAGCCGAUAAUCACACCGCCGGACUCGAGGAACAAUUCGAUGCUGGACGUGACCCACGGCGACCACACGUACUUCGUCGAGUACACGCUGAAGCAGGUCACCGAUUAUGCGCUCAAUAAUCAACCGGACAUCAUACAGUCGCCACAAGACCAAGAGAAGAUCAAACGCGAACCGCAGCUGUUUUUGCCAGUGAGACCAGACACGUUGUUCGCGCCCUAUGACAUUCACAAGCAGGGACUGCAAACGAACAGAUGCAACCUGAACCCGUUCUCCGCAAAGUCCUGGGAACCCAUCAGUUUCAAAGCCGAUCGCAACCUGAUGAAGGAGAUCAUCAUCGCCAAUUCCAUACCGGGCCCGGAGAGCUGCGUGUAAACUUGAUCGAGGCAGUGAAUUGGGAGACAUAAACUUACACGCAUACAUACUUAUACUCUACGCGACACACAAACACAUACACAAACAGCAUAUCAUAAGGGCGAUCGAUUUCGUAAGCCCUGAAAACUGUAUCGCGUACAGUCGCGUCGCUCGAUGCCACGACAGGAUAUACGCGCGGAUAUAUCAAAGACAAAGUCAACGAAUCUCGUGUCUCGCUUGUUAACGUGCGCCAGUGUGACAUAUCACGAUGACGAUAUCGUAGCAGACAUAUCAGCAUAUCGUAGCAUAUCGUGGCGCGCCACGAUCUCUCCUGAGAUCAUCGAGAGUCUUUAGGAUCAUCCCUCCGCCGAUCCAGCACGAGACCGGGGCGAGGAAUCGCGGAGUCGUCGCGAGACGAUUUAGUCGCAUAAUUUAACCAAACGCUACACGUGGUGUACUAUUCCAAGUUUAAUAUAUUUUGU